AUGAACACUCGCACUUUUAAAAACUUUCGCAAAAACAGGAACUGCAGUGGAAGGCCUAAACAAGGUAUUAUUGCCGGCCUCAAUGUUUUGAAUAUCAUGAAUGAACCAACUGCUGCUGCUGCCGUUACCUUUGGACUCGCAACAAAAUCCGAACAAGAAGGAAAUGUUCUUGUCUUUGACCUCGGAGGUGGUACUUUUGAUGUUUCCAUUCUAACAAUAGGAGAAGGAAUCUUUGAAGUCGAGUCCACAAGUGGGGAUACCCAUUUAGGUGGAAGGGACUUUGAUUUACUAUGCGCAGAUCACUUUAGAAGGGAAAUUAUGAAGAACCACGGAAAAGAGAUCACCACCAGAGAACCAGCUUUUCAUUGA